GUCCACCGAAAUCGUGCCGUUACUCGUGAAGUUUACGAAGAUGGAGUAAAGAAGACAGCGCGUUACGCUGGCGAAUUCACAGACGUAAACUACGAGCCGUGGAUAGUUUUCGUCAAUCAUCUUCCUAUCGAAGAUAACAAUAUAUUCGAAGAGAUGAAGUGCACGCAACCUGCUCAUCGUGGACAUAGUCCUCAGUAUGGCUAUCUUCCCGAGGAUGUUAGUUAA